AUAUAUUAUAACCCUAAUAACAUCUUGUUGCAUUCCAUGAAAAGCAAAGAAAAAACAUAAACAUGUCACUUCCUGCAACUGUCGAAUUUGAACCCAAGAAGAAAUUAUGUCUUAGCUGGUUCCUGCGUGCAGUUCUUUUGCUUUCUCCAGCUUUAUUUAUUGGGAGUGCACUUCUAAUCACAGAUUACAAAGACAAGUUUCUGGGAUGGACAUCAGUCGAUGUUGUGAAGGAGAAAAGCUUGAAUGCUUGUCAGAUUCAACAUAGGCCUUAUGGAAGUGAAACACUGCCUAGAGGUAUUGUUUCAGCAACAUCUGACUUGGAAAGGAGACAAUUAUUUGGCCAUCAUGAGAAGAAUUUGAAGAAACCAAGUAACAUAUUGGCCAUGGCUGUUGGAAUAAAACAGAAAAAGAAUGUUGACAAAAUUAUCAAGAAGUUCCUGUCAAGUGAUAAUGAUUUCGUCCUAAUGCUUUUCCAUUACGAUGGAGUUGUGGAUGAAUGGAGAGAUUUAGAAUGGAGUAGUCGUGCCAUACACAUUGCUGCUGUGAAUCAAACCAAGUGGUGGUUUGCGAAGCGAUUCCUACACCCGGAUAUUGUUUCAGAGUAUGAUUAUAUCUUCUUGUGGGAUGAAGACCUUGGAAUUGACAACUUUCAUCCUGGAAGAUACCUUUCAAUUAUUAAAGAAGAAGGGCUUGAAAUAUCGCAGCCAGCGCUUGAUCCCAAAAAGUCAGAGGUUCAUCAUCAACUUACAAAGAGAUGCAAUGGAUCAAGAGUACACAGGAGGAUAAACAAGCAAAUUGGGAUUUCAAGGUGUGAUAAAAACGUCACAGGUCCGCCAUGCUCAGGGUUUGUAGAAAUGAUGGCUCCCGUUUUCUCAAAAGCAUCUUGGCGCUGCACAUGGUAUAUGAUUCAGAAUGACUUGGUUCAUGGAUGGGGUGUAGAUUUUCAACUCGGUUACUGUGCACAGGGAGAUCCAACAAAAAACGUAGGGAUUGUCGACUCUGAAUACAUAAUUCAUUAUGGUCUUCCUACAUUGGGAGGUUCUGCAACAGACAAGGCACAGCUACUGUCCAAGCAACCUCAAACUACAAGAACGCAGGUGAAAAAGUGGUCAUUUGUGGAGCUAGACAUAUUCAAAAAUAGGUGGAGAAAUGCGGCUAAGAGUGAUGAUUGUUGGACUGAUAUGUACAAACCAAAUCAGAAGACAGGCUAGUUCUUGUUGUGGAAUUUGUCUAUUUACACCACAAACAUUUCACAGACAAACAUAAUAAAGUGUCAGAGAUGAGUGCUGAAAAAUACCAUAUUCGACAAUCCUAGUUCCAGAUUGCUGUAUAGAUGCUUCUAAUUAUAAAAUAUUUAGACUAUACUAUC